AUGCCGGCAAUGGCGUUCUCCACGUCAAGAGCAGGCAAUGCCACGGGUCUGAUGCGAUCCCUAUGCUCGUUGAUGCCCAUAUCCAUCACGCUGGUCUCUUGCUCCUCUUCGUAUGCAGCUGCUGCUGCUGCCGGGACUAGCUCCGGUGGCGGCAGCAGCAGAGGCUUUGCGCUCAAGACUCGAGGAGGGGCCAGUGAGGAGGAGGCUAGCACUUCUGUCUGUAGCCCUAGAGACAGUGGGACCAACAAGCACUCCUUCAGGUCGACGGGACACCCGGCUGUUCCCGAUGGGCUGCGUCUCAAGCAGGUGGUGGUGAUUUGUCGGCAUGGCGACAGGGCUCCCGUGUCGAGCAGCCUGGGGAAAAUUUUGGACGACGGCCCUGACUCGGUGAAGCUCUGGAAUUCCAAGCUCCCGCCCAAAGAAGAGCGAUAUGACCCCCCCCGGGGCGCGGAAGAACUUCGACUGGUCGGGGAGGGGCUCCGCGGAGUGCUGGAGGGAGGCGGGGAUGAGGGGGUGGGUGGGGAGGGAUCACUGUUCCCCGCUGGGCUUGAGGCGGAGAAAUCGGCAAUCUUUGUGAGGUGCACCAGGCUCAAGCGCACCCAUCAGUCCGCGCAGAACAUGCUCGAGGGUCUCGGCUUGAAGGACGGCGUCGACCUCUACGUACGACCUCCCGAGAGGGAAACCCUCUGGCCCAGCAAGCGCAACCGUGGGAAGCAGGACCGCCUCAUCGCGAGAGCAAUCGCGGAAAGCACGUUCCCCGGCCAGGCCGAGCUCAAAACCAAGACCGCCGAGAUGGUUGGCGUGCCUGAGGACGAUGUGAAGUGGACGGCGGUGCGGGAGGUGCUGUCUUGCUACGAGGCACAUGGGGUGGCUCUUCCGGCCGGGGCCAUAAGCUCGGGGCUUGUCGAGGGAGUGGUGGACUAUACCGGAUGGAUGUGGGGCAGAUGGUUCGAGCAGCGGGAGAUGGCUCGCCUGAGCCUGGGUCCGUUUUUGGCAGAGCUACUGACCCUAGUGGGAGCAAGGGGACACGAGACCGGCGUCCCCGAAGCGGGCAUGCCUUCCACGCCCAAGCUCGCCAUCUUUUCCGGCCACGACUCUACGCUGGUGCCAAUACUGACCGCUCUCAAGGUCUACGAUGACGUUUGGCCGCCGUAUGCCAGGUAA